CUCAGCUGUAGCUGUCUUGUACGGGGUAAUUGUCCUGCUAUGGCGAUGCUUGUCUCAGGAUGAUCUCCGCUCGGAACAAAGACGAAAUUGUCCGAUUCUACACUGUCACCGACCCUACGACACACAAGAAAGGCUACACGGUGUAUAAAGUCACGGCCCGGAUUAUCUCACGGAAAAACCCAGAGGACAUUCAGGAGAUCACAGUGUGGAAAAGGUAUAGUGAUUUCAAAAAGCUUCAUCAAGACCUUUGGCAAAUCCACCGAAACCUCUUUGGGCAGUCAGAGCUCUUCCCCCCCUUCGCCAAAGCCAUAGUCUUUGGUCGUUUUGAUGAUUCUGUGAUUGAAAAGAGAAGACAGUGCUCAGAGGAUUUGCUGCAGUUCAGUGCUAAUAUUCCUGCUCUGUAUGGCAGCCAGUACAUACAGGAUUUCUUUAAGGGUGGUGAGGUGCAAGACAGCUCUGAGCUCAUUGGCCCUGCCGAGCCCUUCUCUGAUUUCCUUGCUGACAGUCUCUUAGAUAGCAGCUCUGAAGUUCCCAAACAUAUCAGUUGUGUGGGUGAUUUACUAGUGGCCAACCCAUCUAAACAUGUGUGUGGCAGCGGUCACAGUGAGCUGAAUUCUCUGGAGGUUGAUGGAGACUUUCUGGCCGCUGUUGACGAUGGAAUGGCAUCAGGCAGCAUCAAGCACAAAGCAACACAAAGCAACUCGUCUCCAAUCCCACAGCCAGUGACGUCCCCGAGCCGGGUGGGCGUAGAGUCCAGCCACACCAGUGGGACUUUGAGCUUUGCCUCUAGUCUCAGGAGCUCCACAGAGAAGGAGGACUACCUGGAAAAGGCCAGAGGGCUGAUCGCUCUAGCUGUCCAGAAAGAGGUGGAGCAGGAAUUUGCAGUGGCGUUUUCCUACUAUCGUAGAGGUGUGGAUCUUCUGUUGCAGGGUGUACAAGGAGAGGUGAGUCCGAGCAGAAGGGAGGCUGUGAAGAGAAAGACUGCAGAAUAUCUGAUGCGUGCCGAGCUCAUUUCUGCACAGCUCAAGGACAGCAUGGGACAGAGCUCCACUCAAAGCAGGGCGUUGGGCUCGCAGUGCUGUGGCGGCUCGUGGUCUGAGCAGACUCACUUUGAUGAGCUGAAGCAUUACAGAGUGCUGGGCGUUAUUGAUAAGGUGCUGUUGGUGAUGGAUAAGAGAACGCAAGAAACUUUUAUUUUGAAAGGUUUAAGGAAAAGCAGUGCUUGUGGGCGUGUCAAGAAGACCGUUGUGCCUCGUUCCCUGCCUAACAUGGUACAACUGGAGAAAUACAUCGUCUCAGAGGAUUCCAUCUUUCUUUUACUGGAGUAUGCUGAGGGUGGUAAAUUGUGGACUCAUAUCUGCAAGUAUCUGCAUGGCAGCAGUCCAGACGAAAGCUUCAACAUACCUUUCAUCCAGAAAGCUCACUCUAUAGCUAUACAUUCAGCCCUGAACCCUGUACCCACCGGUUCCAGCAGUGUGGAUUCCCGGGUCCUAAGCUUUGGAGAGCGUCCAUUAGGAGCCCGACCGCCAGAUUCGGGAGCCACCUCUGAGGAGGAGUGCACCAACAGCUACCUGACACUGUGCAACGAGUACGAGCAGGAGAAGCUGGAGCCAGAGGAAAACCCCUGCACACAGAAACAUGCAUGUUCAACGCUAAACACCGAUAGUCUCUGCUCUCCGGUUUCAAUGCAGGAGCUGAGCUUCUUCACUGAGGAGGAUCAACUGGCUGGCUUUAUGGAUCAAUGCACAUCUGACCAUCUGAGCCCAUCGCCGCCCAAGGAGCUCUUCUACAGUGAGGGUGAGGACGUCUGCAAGCCACUGUCUUCACCCUCAGAUGCUGGUAUAGAGGAGCCACUGGAGAAGCAACAGGAAGAGUCGGAUCUCUGGAGGUCUGACGGUGAUCAGUGCUCAAAUGAGUUGGUGCCGGUAAUUUCCUUUAAAGAGGCUGUAUCAGAGGAUGUGAAUGUCAGCUGUGCGGUUGAGGGACAACCGCCUGAUCUUUUGGUCAAUCUGCCGGCACUCGAAGGAGGCACAGGAGAUGUGUUAGAGGAAGAGCUUGUCCCUGAAGGCAUCGCUUUCCCUGUUGUAGACAAAACCUCUCCCACAUUUGGCAGGCCAGAUGUUCUACAGAGAGGAGAGAAUGCAGAGUUGGACCCGUCUGUUGAUGUGGCUACGCUUCCACUUCCACACAAACCAUCAAAAACAGCAGACUUAUUGACUCUGUCUUCCCCCAAGCUCUCGGGUACGCUGGACGCAGCGGUUCCCAGAUCUCAGAAGAGCUUGGUUGAGCAUGAAGACGUGGGGUUGGGGUCAGAGGGCUCUUCAGGAGAGCAGGAGGUUGAGAAAGUGUCGAAGUUGUUUCAAGAGCUGGAUAGGUUGGCGGCUGUUUCAUUAGACACGCGUAUCCCAGAGGCGAUGGUGCGGAGCUGGGCUGCUGACAUGGUUGUGGCUCUGGAUGCGCUGCAUCAGGAGGGAGUCAUCUGUCGAGACCUGAACCCCAGCAACAUACUGCUAAACAACACAGGUCAUGUGCAGCUGACCUAUUUCUGUAGCUGGAGUGAUGUAGAGGAGUCAUGUGACCCUAACGCCUUCUCAAAGAUGUACUGCGCACCAGAAGUGGGCGGAAUCUGUGAAGAGACGCUAGCGUGUGAUUGGUGGAGUUUGGGAGCCCUUUUAUUUGAGCUCAUAGUUGGGAAGUCUCUAUAUCAGUGUCAUCCUGCUGGCAUUGGUAGACACUCAUCCCUGAACAUCCCAGAGUUUGUGUCGGAGGAGGCGCGUUCUCUGCUGGAACAGUUGUUGCAGUAUAAUCCAGUGGAGCGGCUUGGUGCGGGAGUAGCCGGUGUGGAGGAUAUUAAGUCUCAUCCUUUCUUUUCUCAUGUGAACUGGACCAAUUGAGCUAUUAGAUGCUUUACUAGUAUGAGAUGAAAGAUCUAUAUGUCUAUAUGGAUGAAAACAAUGUCAUAAAUGCUGCAGGACACAUUUAUUUCACAAAUUCUCCUGCCUACAAAUGGCCAAAGCUCACUGUUGAGUGAGGUAGUCUAUAGCAGUAAGAGGAAAAUGGAUGUUACUGUUUUUGAAAUAAAAAACAUUUUUUUAAACCAGGGUUAGCAAUUAAGAUUCACGAGCCACUUGAAAUAAUAGGAAGAGUUUGAGGAGGUUUCCUGUUCAUAUCAGAUGAGAACUAUCAACACUAUGGCUUCGUUCGAAAUCGCAUACUCUGUUGAGUACAUACUUAUUUUGAAUAAGUAAUCUCUUCACUGCCGCUGUGUAGUGUGAAUGCAAUAAGGACAAACUACAUUUGCCAUGUUGUCAUUAUCAUUUGACCUACCAGUGUCAGUUGUGUUGCUUCACUGCCAUUCAUAAAUUCUGGCCCGUGGCCUCAUGGGAUAGUAAAGUGUCCAUCAUAUGCACACUUCAGAAUCUUGCCGGAAUAAGUAGGUCAUCCAGGUACUGUUUGUCUACUCUUUUAUGAGUACUGUGAAUUCUUACCUACUACUUUUGUCGCAUACUGUUUUUCGGCUACUAUAUAGUAGAAAAGUAUGCGAUUUCUGAUGCAGCCUAACGUGCUUCCCGAACCUGAUCCUGGAGUACCUGAUUACAUCACCGUUUUCUACAGAAAUGCAUUAUAGAUGAAAGGAACUAAUUUAAUAAUUGAUCUUUACAACAGAACUGACUUCCGCUGAACAACAGCUGAAAUGCGUAAUUCUCCUGUUUAUCACUGUAAAGCUGCUUUGAAAUAAUCUGCAUUGAAUAAAGGCCAGUUCAAAGACAAAUGCUAACAAACACAAGCAAACAGGUUGGCCUUUGGAUUUAGCAUUUUCUGAAAAUUAACUUCCAUUGGCCUUAAAGCGCUAUAUAAAUAAAGGUGACAUGACCUGAAAUGUCAGAUUAGAGAGACUCAAGACCAGGGGUUGGAUCCACUGCUACUGUAUUUGUAACUGUAUAUAAAUCCAGCUGCUUGUGUAUGUGUUUAAUUUAUAGUGUUUUACAAAAAGAAGCUGGCAAAUUUCAUUGCAUGAACAUCUUUAGCAUGGGCUAAAACACACAUUUGAUUGUUUGAUUUAAAUUGAUCUCAUUUAUCAUUGUCACUAUAUAUUCUUCACUAACCCAUCUAAUGCUCUAUUUAUUAAACUCUGUGUCAAUGGGCUUAUUGGUUCUUUCAAUUAUGUUUUACUUUCUCAAGGAUGGUUCAUAUUCUUACAGACAAAUACAACUAUGGAGCUCAAUGGCAUGGAGAGCCAUUUUAAAAAGCACAUGUGAAUCAGUAAACAUUGAGUGUUACAUUAAAGGGUGCAGCAAGCCAUUUCUGAGAAGCACUGUUGGAAGUGGAUCGGAUGAACGCCACAACACUUCUAGCCAAUUAGCAGUGGGGAAAAGAGAUUACUGAGCGACAUUACAAAAGAGAACAAGUCAGAGGAAUAUCUCUGGGAAAAGAAGGGUUAUUAUCACAAAUCUGAAAUUCACAUCUAAGAUUAUAAAAUUCAUGAAACUUUAAGUUCUAAUUUGACCUUGUAGUUUAACUUCAAGUUUAAGAUUUCUGUUUAAUCAUUAACAUUUGUGUCAAUUAUUGUUUUAGUUAAAUCCAUUUGAGAAUGUUAAAUUCUUAUUUCACUGUAUAUUUUCUUCUGUUAAUUACAAUCAGAAUCAAAGAAAAUUAAAAUCAGGAAAAUUG